AUGGAGCUGGAGGCCAUGAGCAGAUACACCAGCCCAGUGAACCCAGCUGUCUUCCCUGAUCUGACCAUGGUACUGUUGGCCAUUGGCAUGUUCUUCACCCCCUGGUUCUUUGUUUAUGAGGUCACCUCUACCAAGUACACUCGAGACAUCUUCAAAGAGCUCCUCAUCUCCUUGGUGGCCUCGCUCUUCAUGGGAUUUGGGGUCCUCUUCCUGCUGCUCUGGGUCGGCAUCUACUUUGUGAGCUCCCAAGGGUUCCAGCAGGCAGCUUCACUGAAUCCCUGCUUUUGUAAAUUAAUUUUUUUACUGUUGCUGGAAGUGUCUCACCUGCUGCUCACAAUAAAGGCAGAUGUAUGA